UCAGGAUUUCGUUUCUGAGUAAAAUUUCUUCUCUCAUGGCGUACGUCGUGUAAGAUUUAAGCGAAGUAAUAAUCGUCAGCAUUUGACGCAGUGCGUUAGUUGUAAAUUAGAAAUUGUAAAGAGGAUUGGAUAGUGUGCGAAGAUAUAAUUAAAACGCGAAUAAAACGUAUACCGAAUAUUAAAAUCGCGGACAAUUCGAAGAUAUAAAGAAAAUAACGCGGCUAUAUUUCAACGUACUGCUAAGAGACUCUGUAAAAACUUGACAUUGGAACGGCCAUUUUGGCGUGUUGUUUCCUAAUCGAGUGCUGCGCACAGCAUCGAUAUCCAUCCAUUUCAAGGUAAGAGACACGUUAACCGAAGUAGUUGCAUUACGUCGCUUCCAAGAUGAUAACCGAAACGCAUAUGAACUCAAACCACAUGCUCAAUUCUGCUCUCAAUACGAAAACAGAAUUAGAAAAGAUGGAUGAUGUAGGUUGGAAAGCUAAACUAAAAAUUCCACCAAAGGAUAAACGCAUAAAGACGAGUGAUGUCACUGACACACGUGGUAAUGAGUUUGAAGAAUUUUGCCUGAAACGAGAGUUGCUAAUGGGUAUUUUUGAAAAGGGUUGGGAAAAACCAUCUCCAAUUCAAGAAGCCAGUAUCCCUAUUGCAUUGUCUGGUAAAGACAUCUUGGCCCGAGCUAAAAAUGGAACUGGCAAGACUGGAGCAUAUUCGAUUCCAGUGCUUGAACAGGUUGACCCUCGGAAAGAUGUAAUUCAAGCGCUAGUAAUUGUACCUACCAGAGAGUUAGCUCUUCAAACAUCACAAAUCUGUAUCGAACUUGCGAAACAUAUGGAUAUUAAAGUGAUGGUAACUACUGGUGGUACCAAUUUACGUGAUGAUAUUAUGAGGAUUUAUCAAAAAGUACAAGUAAUAAUAGCAACGCCAGGAAGAAUUCUUGAUCUUAUGGACAAAAACGUUGCGAACAUGGAUCACUGCAAAAUAUUAGUUUUGGAUGAAGCAGAUAAGCUUUUGUCGCAAGAUUUUAAAGGAAUGUUGGAUCAUGUCAUUUCUAAAUUGCCACACGAACGUCAGAUUUUGCUGUAUUCAGCUACCUUUCCAUUAACUGUGAAACAGUUUAUGGAAAAACAUUUGCGAGAUCCAUAUGAAAUUAAUUUAAUGGAAGAAUUAACAUUAAAAGGUGUAACGCAGUAUUAUGCCUUUGUACAGGAACGACAGAAAGUUCACUGCCUUAACACGCUAUUCUCGAAGUUGCAAAUAACACAAAGCAUAAUCUUCUGUAAUUCGACACAACGUGUAGAAUUAUUGGCAAAGAAAAUAACAGAUCUUGGAUAUUGCUGUUAUUAUAUACAUGCGAAAAUGGCACAGGCACAUAGGAAUCGUGUAUUCCACGAUUUUCGAGCAGGGUUAUGUCGAAAUCUGGUGAGCAGCGAUUUGUUCACACGAGGUAUCGACGUACAAGCUGUUAACGUUGUAAUCAACUUUGACUUUCCCAAGAUGGCAGAAACAUAUCUGCAUCGCAUUGGUCGAUCAGGAAGGUUUGGCCAUUUAGGUAUAGCAAUUAAUCUAAUCACGUAUGAGGAUCGUUUUAACUUACAUCGUAUCGAACAAGAGCUUGGAACAGAAAUAAAACCUAUCCCAAAAGUGAUAGACCCCAGUUUGUACGUAAUAAGACCAGAAGACAAUAAUAGUAUGGAAGAAGGUAAUGUGUCCAAGUAGUUUCGAUAUGGAAUCAUAACUAAGCUGGAAUGAACGCUCAAGAAAAGUUUAAAGUGUGAAAAUAGUGAUUGUGUCUCGUACAUGUAUAAGGCAUAACAUUGCUAUGCUUCGAACUAGAAGAGUGAAAUAUAACUUUGGUUUGGAGAGAGAAUUUUUCUUGUGUGUGCGUUAACGUUGUUUAUACGAAAAUUCGAAGAGAACAAAAACGAACGAAGUGUGCAAUAUGAAGAAGACAAAAAAUUGCAAAUUUCUAUUAUCAUUGUAUUAAGGAUCACUCAUUUGACCGAUAGAUAAUUGAAAUUUAACAUUUUUUAUUUUCUACAUAGAGCAUCUCUUUUUUACAUGAACAUCAUCUCUAACAUCGUUUCCGUUCUAGUUUUAUACACCGUUAACAAAACAAAAGCUCGACAAAAAUUCUCUCUCCAAGCUCGAGUUAUAUUUUACUCUUCGAGUUCAAAGAUAUAUGAGUUACUUGUAUAUAAGAGUGAUGAUGAGAGAGCGUGGUGAUGAGAAACAAUGAACUCGAUGAUUUAAGUGAUGCGAAUGUGUUGGGUAUGAGUGAUAUUCUUUGUACAUAAAUACAUUUAAAUGUACAUAAAGUAAAACACACGUCAGAGUCAAGCCAUUAUCAAGAGCACAAUGAAUAAAAUCAAUAUGCGGAUUAACGUAAUAAUAAUAAUAAUAAUAAUAAUAAUAAUCACAAUCGAGAUCAUUGCAUUUUACCAUAACUGUAAAUACAGCAUGAGAGUAUCCACAACACACAUCAUUUUAAUAAUAAUAAAUUUUUAUACAAUGGUUUCAUACUUCCGAUAUAUUCCGUUGUUUAUCUUUUGUUCGUUCAUAAAAUAAGAAAAGUGUGUGGCAUAUGCGAUUUAUCAAAACAAAACAAAAAAAAGGAAAAAAAAAAAAAAAAAAAAAACCAAGAAAAAAGUUUUA